AUGCUUAAUUUAAUAUCUUUUUCACCAUCGAACUUCAGUCGAUAUGUUUCACAAGUGGAAUUAUGUGUCGAUGAACCUAAUGAUAAUAAUGAAUGGACAAAACCACCAUCGCCAUCGCCAACAACUAAUGAUAAACCAUCAUUUAUAUCUAUAACAACGACAGCAACACCACCACCGUCAUCAAUAAUAGAAGGAAAUAUUUCACCAAACGUAACAAUAUCUGCAAUUGCCAUUGAAGACAACGUUGAUUCAAUACCAUUUGUUCAACAUGGACCAGGUCCCAUACAACGUCCAACUAGACCUACAAAUCUGCCAACACAACAAUCACGAUCAUCUCCAUAUUUUAUAAAUUCUAUUCAAUCACCUGAAACACCUGAUGUAAUUGGUCAAAUCUAUCGUUUCUUGGAUCAUCAAAACAGUGCAACACCAACAGUAUCAUCAACACCAAAUGCUAACGAUUCGUCGGUACCAAUAAAUGAUUUAGCAACACCUAAUAUGGCUUGGACCACAUUUUUACCAUCAACGUGGGCAUCAAAAUAUGAAUCAUCGUGGCCAUCAACAAGUAUUCAAAGUCCAGCAGCAUCAUUAACAACACAAGUACAAAAUCCAUUUGCACUUAUGACAUCACUCAAUAAUCAACCACAACAAUCAACAAGAGAAGACUCAUCUGUUUGGUCAGCAAUUGGAGGUGCAUCAACACCACGUUCAAUGUCAUCAAGUUUACGUACACAACGUAUUUCAGAAUGGAAUGAAUUCUUUUCAGCCACUGUACCUUCAUCUACAGAAUCAACAAAAUCAACAAAUAGUUCUUGGUUAAAAUUUUGGUCUGCACCUGAUCCGUCAACUUCUGAUGGUGUAUCAUCAAAUGGACAUGAAAUCGAACCAAAUAAUGCAUUUUGGAGUUUAGGCACGUUAACCAAUGAACCAGUGAUUCCUUCGACAGCAACAAAUCAACAGCAAAGAUCGCCAUCUACUUGGUGGCCAAAUAAUGCAUCCUCUGACGAAAACAAUAAUAAUAGUCAAAUAAAUCAUUUAAAUGAUGAUACAAUAAAUAAUCGUGAUCGAUCUCGAUGGGAUUUUGCUCGUUAA